AUGCAGUUCCCACUCCACAGCGCUACACGUUGGUCGCCGUUCAAACUCGACGCUCUUGGCUUAGUUACUCUUCUUGGUGCGGAAGAAGUCAGCAAUGCGGUUGGAGCUUUAGAGCACAGUCGUUACGCCGAAUACCUACCCCUUUUUGGUACAUACCUAGUCGCAGCCAACAAGUUUACCGCUCCCAUUCCUGGUUAUGUUCUCUACAAUAUCACCGACGGAGUUUUCGUGCCUAUCCUGAAUGGAUGGUUUUCAAGAUGGUUAAUCGCCAAUUUGACCAGUCCAGUCACGAUCUUGGAGUGGCAAGUUGUCGAGAAGAGAUCUUCGAUAGCCAAAAGAUCAUUUGCUGCGAUCAUAGGGUUACUUCUCAAUGGUGCUCUACUUGCAAUGACCGUUAUGCAAGGAGAUUGGUAUGGCCUAGCCAACUCCAUUGCGAUGGCGGUAUCGGUUCUUGUUCGUUCGAGCAUGGUUCAUGAGAGUAGGACACACCUGGACCAGAUGGUAAACUCAUACGAAAAGCAAGAAAAGCAAUUCCUAAAAGUGUGCGACCAAAAUGAAGUCAAAGUUGUGAUCGUUACACCCGAUAACAAAGUGGUCGCAUUCAAAAUCCAGCGUGGACUGUUGUCAUGUAUCUUCGUCCCUCUGGACUUGAUUGGAUCCAAAAAGAAAGCCAAAACGAAGCAGGAGAUGAAAAAACAUAUUCCGCCAAAACAGACCAUUGCGACUGUGCUCACGGACGAAGAGGCUGAUUUGGGUAUCAAGUCGGAAGGGAAAACUGAGCUGGUCGCUGGAAGUACUCCAGACAAACCAAAAUUGAAACCAACAAAAACCGAAGCCAUUCCCGAAAAGACACAGAAGCGGCAUUCUCACAUAUAUACGACAUGCAGAGCCUUUGGCUGGUUCUUCUUCGCGUGUCAUGUCGUAACCAUCGGCUUAUCAACAUUACCAACUCAACUGCUCAGCAUCGCAUUACUUCUCAGCGCUACCUUGCUCGCAAUCUAUCGGGUAGGUAACGAUGAUGCUGGGAUAGGGAGCCGAAUUAUCAUCAGAAAGAAAAAGGAGACAGAUGCGCAUAAGGAAGCAUAUCUGUACCUAGACCCAACGCCGAGGGACGAGCAGAUUAUGAGAAAGUAUUUGUUGUUGCCGCAUGAACCAGAAGUUUCUGAUACCAUAUUAACCUGGAGUGACGAUUGGUGGAGGCAGUGGAACAUCAGGACUGGGCGUGUUGGAAAUGCUAAUGGUCAUUGA